GCCAUUCAAGUAACCACUGGUGCAGCACUGAAAUUAUAUAUAAAGUAUAAGAGAGAACUUUGUCUUAAUUGAUAAUGCUUUUCAUGUAAAACAUUUUUUAAAUAAGUUUGCUCUGAUUCUCAAUAAGGAAACAAAAUAAAAAGAAAUGAAAUAAAAUAUGCAAACAUUCCAGAGACAUUACAAAAUUUUGCAUUAAUUAGAGUGGAUAUAUUUAUAUUGGACAAUUUUUCAAAGGAUGGAUAAACAUCGCACAAAACAUCACGAUAAUCACUCAUCGAGACAUUCGUCGCACCACAGAAGUUCAGUAUCACACAGCUCAGACCACAGAUACGCAACGUCUCCUGCAUCUAGUCAUUCAAGCAGCAAGAGUUCGCGCCAUUCUGAAAGAUCCAUUAGUAGUGGUAGACAAGAACAUCACACCCCAAAUUAUCGAGAUCAGGAAGACCGUUAUUCACGCUUGCAGUCUUACAGCGCUGAAAAGAAACAUAGCAGGCGUAAUAACGAUCACGAUGUGAAUAUGGAUGUUAAUUAUCAGGUUCAAGACGAACGUCAUGUUAAUGGAGAAAGAAAAGGGAGCACACUGCUAGACAGUAGAGUUUAUUCGGAGAGAGAAUUGACUAAAACCAAAAAAAUGGAGAGUCCUCGUUCCCUAACUUCAAAUAAAAGCAAUAAACCUGGACAUAGCACAUUUAACUCGUCAGGUGUGGCUAGUAUUGCAGGGGCACGUAAAGCUCGAAGUUUAAGUGCGGAGAAGAAGAAGUCACCAGAAAGAAAAAAGAGUACCGGUCCUCGCUUGAAUGAUUUAAAUCUUCAGAAAAAGUUGCUUCUGCAAUAUCAACAAUCCAACGCUCUACUUCUUCAAAACAUCAAUGCUUUGUUUCUUUUAAAUCAGAAAGUAUCGCCUGGCGCUUUAAAGAGCCCAGUCUCUCUCAAGAGUCCGGUUACUCCUCCAAGUAUAACAAGUCCUGUCACGCCAAAUAAUCAGGGGAUAUUUAAUCAGUUUGACUUUUCGAAUACUAACAAAACCAAUAUGUAUAAACAAUUGGGUACAAUCUUUACAAAAAGCAGUGGAGAUACUUCAUCAAAUCAGUCUCCCACCCAAAGUAAAUGUUCGGAUCAGUUGAAUAUUCACAGCACCAACGUUAACAAUAAGCUAGUUAUACCUGAAAGUUGUCGCACAGAUAAAGUUAACAUUUCAAAAACUCAAAACCUGAAUGGCAACAGCAAGCAAAACACAACAUUUCGAACUACCAUUGAAAAACCUUUUCCACCUGUUUCUCAUCGUAUUGCUGCACCUAAUUCAACCAGUCGUAUUGCUGCUGUUCCCAGUAUAACCAAUCGCAUUGUUGCCACACCUCAUUCAACUAAUCGCAUAGCUGUUACGCCUAGUUUAGCCAGUCGAAUUGGUUCCACGACUAGCUCAACCAAUCACGUUGCUGCUAUGCCAAGCUCAACCAAUCAUAGUGUUGCAACACCCAGUUUAAACAACCAUAUUUCGUCGUCUAGCUCAACCAAUCGCAUUGCGGGCCUGUCAACUUCGACCAAUCGCGUUGUAGCCAUGCCUACUUCAACCAGUCGUAUUUUAAGCCUACCUGAGAGUUUCCUUUCUCAGAAAGUCUUAGUAUCCAAGAAGACAGGUCAAUCUAGUAGUGAUCGAACUUUGAACGUUUCACAAAACAAGUCGACACCAUCUAACAUUGCUUUGAAAAGUCGUGGUGAUGGAAAAUUUACUGCCUUAAAAAAUAGCCAUGUGAUUUGUGAUGAAAAACGACUUUUAACGCCUAAAACCUCUCGGAAAGAUGUGACAACGCGAACACUUUCUGGAAAUCUAUCUCAGCCAUUACAAAAUGUUUUAAGUAAUAAUAAAGGAACAGAUGUUGUUACCAACGUAACGAAAACUGAAAAUAAUUUGCGACAUAUUUCGUUCAGUCGUAAAUCUUCGCCACCCACUAUUACGUUUUGUGAUGAAAAUUCUGUAAUGCUGCUUUCAAAAAAAGAGAUAGUUUCUUCGCCAAAAAACCAUAAGUUGUCUUUAUCGGAAUAUCACAAACGACGGAGAACAGCCUCACAGAAUCUCUCCCCUGGCGUUGAUGAUGCAAUAUCAAAUGCUGUAAAGGCAACAACUACAGCUUCAAAACAAUCACCGCAAGAACCUUUAGCUGCCACAUUAGCUAAAGAUAUGUCAGCGACUUCAUCCAACUUGUAUCCGCGCGGCGAUGCUAAACAACAGUCCUUAGAUUCCCAAAAAUCUGAUGAUAUGGAAACUCAAUAUCAAGCCUUUUUGGAAAGCAUAGGUUCCAAGGAUGGGAAAAAUGCGCCAAACAAACCAAAAAUCGACAAAGCUCCAAACAAAUCAAGAAACGAUAAAGCACCAAACAAACCGAAAGACGAUAAAACGCCAAACAAACCGAAAGGGAUACUAGUGACUGAUUCAAACCUAGACGCGCUUCAAAUACAAUCUGAAGGCAUCAUCACUCGGUAUUUGCGUAUGAUGUCAUCAAAUGAGAACAGCAAUGACAACGAAAUCACUGUGCCAGUUGAAAAAGAUUCCACGACAGACAAACAGUUUACAGGCAUAUUAAAGACUACAGAUCACAAGAUUGCAAAUUCAAGCGAAAAGCCUAAAGAUGGUAGUAUAAGAUGUGAUGAAACGCAACCGUCAAAGAAGUAUGAAUCUACGAGGAAUACUGACGAAAAGGGAUAUAACUUUCCUUUACGAAACGAUUCUGAAGUUUUACCUUACAAGGAAUCAGUAUAUACAUCAAAAGCAGGCGAAAAAGUCAUUCCAACUGAAAAGAAAAACAGCACAAAGAAUUUUAUCAAGAUAUUUCCCCGGGUUGAAAAAACUGGUCAAAUAGUAUCGCCAUUUGUAAAAACGAAAAGCUCAGAACCAGUGACACCCAACGACCCCUUUAAAUUUGACGAUAAUAACUGCGAUCAAGUCCUUAAAAGUCCUGAUACUAACAAAUCUAGUCAAAGUUCUGGCAAAUCACCAGCUAGUACUUCCUUAGUGGUAUCCACAUCCAAAGAGUCAGACACUCAAAACACUUUGGAUCAUAAAAAAGACACCGUUGAAGGAGAGCCGUUGAGAUCGAGUAUCUUCACCAUUGUUACUACUGGAAAGAGACAACACAAGGCGACGUUAAAAAAGAAAGCGUUUCUUGAAGAGUUAAAUUCUCAGAAAUCGAGACGAAAUAAGUUGAAAGAAAAAUCUAAACCUACUGAAAAAAGCGAUAAAACCAGCGUCAAACCGACUAAUAAAACACGUAAACCCAGUGUUGACAAGCCUUCAAAAGAAGUAAAUAAAAAAGUGGUCGUUGUUUCCAAGGAUAAGAAAAACACCAAAAAACACACUGUUGUAGCGUCUGAGAAAGAAAAUCUAAACACCAAAACGCGUAAAACUAGUAGUUCUAAAAACGAGCAGGUCGUUGUCCAUGCUACGAACCAAUUAGAAGACACCACCUCUAUGAUCAAGCCGACAGAGAUAACUUUUAACACAAUGGUAAAAACCGUUAUUAACUCUCCAGCCGUUCAGAAAAAAUUCAAAUGUAAAACAUGCGGAGCGGAAUUUUGGAAGGAACAAGACUUGUCAAAACAUAGCUUGAUUCACAAAAUGCGUACAUACGAUUGUUAUAAAUGUGUCGAGAAAUUCACUACUAUGAGAGCGUUGACGAAACAUUUGCUUAUUCAUGAAGAAACAGGUGUUGUUAGCACAGAUCGACCUCAUGAUUGCGAAAAAUGUGGCGAAAAAUUCGAAACUGAAAAUCAAUUGCUGGUUCACCUGCGUAUACACGAAAAAAAAGAAACGGAACAUGCGUGUGUAUUCUGUUCUGUAAAAUAUCAACAUUUGUCGGAGUUGUAUAACCACAUCUCGAAAUCGCAUCCAGAAGGGAUGCAACAGGUUUUACGUUGUAGCCAUUGUGGCACUUGUUUCAAUAAGCUUGGAGAAUUCCGAAGCCAUCUCAUGACGUCACACAAAAUGAACAGUAAAGAAGCGUCUUUGGCUUGUCGCAACAAGGGCUUGAUACCAGAAGAAUACAAGCAAGCUGAGCAGGAGAGGAUUCAAUUUAUUCAAGCGAAAAAACGAGCGAAAGGACUACUCCUCCGCAGUGGUAUUACUGUCAAGGUUAGCACCGUUGGACUGAAACGAAAACCUGUAAAACAAACCAGAAGCGGUACAAUUCCAAAAAACACUGCUUCUGGUUUGAUUAAAGCGAAAGCUGUUCUACAAAAAAGUAAAAAAGUGAAAAGAUAUUUAAAACAAAACGAGCUCACCCGUGGUAGUAGUCGAACCAAAGUACAGAAUUUUAAUAGUGAAGAUGUGAAAACUGUUGCUGAUUUAACAUCAAAAAAACGUUCACAGGAAGGUGAAGAGAGGACGAGCAAAUCAAAGUCUAGUCGCAAAGUAGAUUCUGUUUUUAAAACGAAAGUUCCCUCAAAAAAAUUGGAAAAGGAAGAAGCAGUCAUACAAAAAGAACGCAAAAAAAUCGACUCUGCUGUUGUCGACAAUACUGUAAGACAUGAAACUAUGUUACCAGCGUCGCUUCUCGAAAGUAUUUAUAAUCGUGUCGAAAAAACGAAAAAUCUCAAAAAACCUGUUACGAAAGGUCAGACGGGUGCAAAGAAAGCAUCUCCCAAACAAGCAGAAAAAGGUGCAAAACAAGCAACACAGGAGGAGAGUGAUGCUCAAAACAAGAACAUUGCGCCACGAAAACCCAGCUUAGUAAAGGACUUGGACCAAUUACGUAAUGAAGAACAACAAAAAUUGGCGAAGCUGCAAUUUGAAAGUGCAGAGAGAACUGCAAGAAUGCUAAUACGCAAUCAAAGAAGAAGUACCGAUGAUAUCCCAAAAAACAAACGAAGGAAACCAUCCACUGAAAAGAUGGUUAAUGAAGCAGAAACUAAAGUUGAACCCCUGAGACUGAAGGUACACAUUAAGAUGUCAGAUUUUGUAAACCAGACAACCGCAACGUUAAUUACAAGUUCCGUGAAGGAGGGUCAAGCUAAUGAAACAGCACGGAAAACAAACAAAAAACGAAAAGGUAGCAAAAAAAGACCCGUGAUUAAGAAACCAAAAGAUCCCAGUGCAAAGGCCGUAAGGAAGCGAAGCAAGUAUUACAUUUAUGAAGAUGAGUUGCGAGCAAUGCGAAAAGAGCCUAACGUGUUGAACGAAUCACUGGACAGUGGAAUCGGAAGUUUACCUAGCGUCCUCGAUGGAGUUUUAACUCAAAUCGUGGACUCCGACACAGAACCGUCCACAGUGAUAAGUGGAAUCGAUUAUGACAAAGAAUAUGAUUACAGUAAGCAGUCCGAAGAAGUGUUCUUGACGGAGGACGAAUUGUUGUCAAGUUUAUUGACACUGUCCGACGAAGCGGUUGACGAGGGCGUUAAAAAUAAAAUGCAAGAGGCUGUCGAACGAAAGAUACAUACAGAUGUAAGGUUAACGCUUGACGAUAUUUUAAAUUAUAUUUCUGCAUGCGACAUACCCACUCACAACGAGUUGGCAUCAGGAGAUUCUACACCAACCUUUGAAGUCUUCACUGGUUUCUUUCCUCUACCAAAGGACGAUUCAAACGCAGUGGUUUCUAGUUUAUCUCUAUCUAAAGAUGUUGUUGAUUUUUCAUGUGUCCCAUCCACUGGAUCGGAAGAAUGUUAUACACCAAGUCCGAAUUUAGAUCAUGACUACUUUGGUUUUGUUCCGUGUAAUUGCGUACAGGAAGCAAAUCUUCUAUUUUCAAGCGACUUAGAUGAAAAAUUUGUUGAUGGCACACUGAAGCAAGACAACAUUCAAUAUGUCGAACAAAAUGCGCUAUUGUAUGAAACCGAUCAUGUAAUUAUGAAGGAAGUUAGUAACGUGUUAUCAAAUUUACUUCAAUUAAUAUCAAACACGUGUUCAAAGGACAGUAAAGUAAUAGACACUGUUGAAACUAUGGAGGAGUUUGAAGCAAAUGCAAAACACGACGGAGAUGCUUUUGUUGAUAAAAGUGGGGAUGUAUCUGUUGUAUCUGGGCAUAUCCCGGAUGAUGGAGAAAAACAUGUCCCAGAUGAUGGAGAUAAUCAUGUCCGAUUUAGCAAAGAUAAGAUUUUUACAUAUGGUGGAGAUAAGAAUACUCCGGAUGGUGAAGAUGAGUAUGUACUAAACGUUGGAUAUAAGCAUGUAUCAACUUCUAAAGAUAAUCAUGUAUCAGAUGGUGGAGGUAAGUGUUUGUCAGAUGUUUAUUAUGAUGAAGAUAAAAAUCUACCAGAUGAUGGGGAUACGCGUGGGUCUGAUGACGAAAAUGAGCAUGUACGUGAUAUACCUAAUGAUCAGGAUAAUCAUGACCAAGAUGACAAGAACAAAUGUGGCCCUGAUGUUAAAAGCGAUUGUGAAUCCGAUGAUAAAGGACAUGUUUCACAUUAUGAAAACAAGAAAGAACCUGCUGGUAAAAUUAACGAGUUAUGUGACAAUUCAUCCAAUGUAGAAGUUCAUGUGAAUUUUUCUGAAACACGAGUUAACGAAAUCUCCGGAACCAGUCAAACAGAAAGUAUGCAAAGGACAGAGUUGAGUGUUGAAGAUGAUAGAAAUACUAAUAAAACUAAUAAGACGGGCAAUGAACAAUACAGUAAUAUCAGUGUAAAUACCAAUAUCAACGCUCUGCUAAAAGUUGAUGAAAUCGGUGAAACGUCUGAAGGGGAAACGUGUGAGGAUCAAAAUGUGCAUAUUGGAGAGAUCUCAACAAUCAUCGAAGUAGACACGUUGGAUGAAGUAAGGGAAACACUCAACGCAGCAUGCUAUAAAGUUGCUGAAAUAUGUUCGAAUGAAAUAUCAAAAUCGAAACAGGCUAGUAUUACUGACGACAGCGUUAUUCCAUUCCUCAUUGAAGAAAUUAAUACCACUGCUAGUUCUCUCGACAAAGUGAAGAAUAAAAAUACAACGUGUCACCAGGAUGCUUGUGAUAUAUCCAUCUCUCAUGACGAUGUUUCAGUUGUAUUGGAGAGGUUAUGUGACAGAGUUAACCAAGUAGUUGAAUCAGAUGUCAAUAUGGAUGUCAUUCAAGUUUUGGAUAGUGUUUGCUACAGAGUGGAGAACCUCACAAAGACUUUAUCGUAUGAUUUAUGUAGUCAGAGUAGUCCAUACACUGCCGAACUUCCACAUCAGAGUGCUUCCAAUCCUGUGGGUACAGAAUUUAAGCAUGUUGACUGUAGCAAAGAUCAGCAUUUGGAUUCCUUCAAAAAUAAACAUGUAGAAUCGUGCAUUAAAAACAAUGCUAUCGGGCGGUCGAGUAAUUGUGCGAAUGAAACUUGUUCAAAAAAAAGAAAAUUAAACAUUGAUUCUAAUUGCGAUAUUACACGUUGUUCUAAAAAGGUCUCUACCUCUCAUCGCGCUUUUGAAUUUAUUGACAGUUUCGAUUUACAUAAUUUUAAGAUCAAGACUGAACCGAAAGACUUCGACGACGUGGAGUUGCAGUUGAAUGAGCUAAAUGAAAUCCCAAUCGAACUGAUUACAGAAAUCAACAAUAACUUCCCUCAUACUUUCCACGCUGUUAACAGAAAUACACGUAAAUUCUAUUCGUGCGAUAAAUACUUAAGAAAAGAAGAAGCGAACGUUUACUUUGAUACGUCAAUCAUUGAAAACAAUAGUUCUGACAUACAAACGAGUGGACAGCACGAUGAAUCGAUCGCAGCAAACGAUGAACCAUACGUACAAAUGAUUGAAAAACACGAUAAACACGAUAAGUGGAUCGUCGAAAGCAAUAGUUCUGUUGCACAAACGAAUGGACAACAAGACAAGUCGAUCGCAAAAAAUGAGUCCAACAUAAAAGCGAGUGGACAACGUGAUAAGUCGAUUAUCGAAACGAAUAAUUCAGACGUAAAAACACGUGAAAAAAACGAUAAUUCGAUCGCCGUAAACGUUAAAUCAGUUGUACAAACGUCUUUGCAAAAUAUUCGAGAAAACGGUAACAACAGCCAUACUUGUAAAUGUCAUUUCUGUCAACGAACUUUUCCACGACAUUCGUUAUAUCGAACCCAUCUAUUACAUCAUCACGAUAUCGAAGAACGAAUUUCUUGUAAGAUUUGUAAAAACACGUUUAAACGUCGCAGGGAUAAAAUUUCUCAUGUUUGCGUAAAAACAUUCAACUGUUCUACUUGUGGUGAGAAGUUUUCGAGUAGCAAGCGACUUUUGCGGCAUCAACUGUUUCGACAUUCCAAUCACAACAACAAUGCUUACAAAUGUUCGAUCUGUGCACGUACAUUUUUGCGUCCGUCUUAUCUGGCGACUCAUAAACGCUCUCAUCCAACUCUUUUUCCACACAAAUGUUUACAUUGUGGAAAAAGUUUCAACAAGAAGUUUGAUCUGCGUAAACACGAAACGACUCACGGAACAACCGGAGUUUAAUUUCAUAUUUAACCUGGCCUAAAUAUAAAUACUUUAUUUCACGGAAUUGACGCUAACUGGUUAUAGAUGCAGACCGACUCGAUUUGCAUGGAUAAAACCACGCUACUUCUGUCAGGGUGUUUUUUUAUCCAUGUUAAAUGCUUUAAUUGCGUUUUUAAAGUAAAUUGUAGCUAAAAGCCUUUUUUCAAGAUGAUUCCUUGUAACUAUAAAAAAAUAAAUUACUUUUAUUUUCUAAAUUCAUGGCAGUAUUUUGGCUCUUGUAAUGUAUUUGAAAGUUUCUAAAAAAAAUCGCGUU